GUCCCAUUGUCCCAGCCGAGGCAAAACGCGUGCGUUUUAGCAAGAAAUUGAGGAGUUGAACCGAAGCACUUGAAAAGCAGCGGUUGCUCGUUGAAUCCGGGUGUUCCUGGUGGUGCAACGAUGCAAGGAGGAUCUUCUGGCAUCGGCUACGGCCUCAAGUAUCAGGCAAGAUGCAUUUCGGAUGUCAAAGCAGACACGGAUCAUACCAGCUUCAUUACGGGAACCCUCAGUCUCAGGGAAGAAAAUGAGGUGCAUCUGAUUCGGCUAUCUUCUGGUGGAACCGAGCUCAUUUGUGAGGGCUUGUUUUCCCACCCUAACGAGAUCUGGGACCUAGCUUCCUGUCCCUUCGAUCAACGGAUUUUCUCCACCGUUUUUUCAACCGGUGAAUCUUAUGGGGCUGCAAUAUGGCAGAUACCUGAAUUAUAUGGACAGUUAAAUUCACCACAGUUGGAACGAAUUGCCUCCCUUGAUGCACAUGUUGCUAAGAUUAAUUGUGUUCUCUGGUGGCCAUCUGGAAGACAUGAUAAGUUGCUCAGCAUUGAUGAUGAAAAUAUUUUCUUGUGGACUUUAGAUUGUUCAAAAAAGGCUGCCCAGGUUCAAUCUAAAGAGUCAUCUGGUAUGCUUCAUUACUUAUCUGGUGGUGCAUGGGAUCCACAUGACAUGAAUGCUGUUGCGACGACUUGUGAAUCAUCAGUCCAGUUUUGGGAUCUACGUACAAUGAAGAAGACAAAUGCAAUUGAGCGUGCCCACAUCCGCAAUGCUAACUAUGAUAUGAAGAAAAGUCAUAUACUUGUCACUGCAGAAGAUGAAUCUGGGAUACACAUAUGGGAUCUUAGAAAGCCCAAAAGUCCUGCCAAAGAGCUUCCUGGACAUACACACUGGACAUGGGCUGUCACUUGUAACCCUGAGUAUGAUGGGCUAAUUCUGAGUGCUGGCACAGACUCAACUGUUAACUUGUGGCAAGCUCCUACAUCUGCAGAAGAUAAAGCAACAUCUGAAAGCAUAACUGAACCACUCAAUCAACAGGCCGACCCAUUGCUUAAUUCCUACAGUGAUUAUGAAGACAGUGUAUACGGCCUUGCUUGGAGUUCUCGUGAGCCUUGGAUAUUUGCUUCUCUAUCGUAUGAUGGCAGGGUGGUGGUAGAAUCAGUUAAGCCAUUCCUUUCAAGAAAAUGAAAAUGAAGGUGUUAUUUGUUGUCCCUAUGGGCUACUAUGGCAAUUUUUGUGGAAAGUUUCCAAGUAGCAACAGCAGUGCUCAAAGUGACUUGAAAUGAAGAGGGGUAGCAUUAGCACUCAAAUUAAGUGUUUUUUAUGACUUGUUGCUGGCCUGCCAGCCCGGCCACUGUAUUUUUUUUUGUUUUUUUUUUCCUGUCGAGAUAGUAUAUCUGCUUCUUAUAAUCAGGACCAUCUGACAUCUGUUAUUUUCCGUGAAUACUGAAUCAUGCUUUUGUUGUUUUGUUAUGUUUGUGUUAAUAAUACAUAACAAAAGUUUAAUAA